AUGGCUAUGGCGACGGUGAAGCUGAGCUCCCCAGCUACCAACUUGCUCGCUGGCGGCCGCACGCGCCGAUCCGCGCCCGCCAGCCGCGCGACGGUGAUCCGCGCCGCCGCAGGCUCCUACUCCGACGAGCUCGUCUCCACCGCGAAAUCUGUUGCUUCGCCUGGGCGUGGUAUUCUAGCAAUUGAUGAGUCAAAUGCGACAUGCGGAAAGAGGCUAUCAUCAAUUGGUUUGGACAACACAGAACCUAACCGCCAGGCUUACAGGCAGCUUUUGCUGACAACUGCUGGUCUUGGUGAAUACAUUUCUGGUGCUAUUCUUUUUGAGGAGACUCUUUAUCAAUCAACUACAGAUGGCAAGAAGUUUGUUGACUGCUUGAAGGAUCAGAAUAUCAUGCCCGGCAUCAAGGUUGACAAGGGUUUGGUUCCAUUGCCUGGAUCCAACAAUGAAUCGUGGUGCCAAGGUCUUGAUGGUUUGGCUUCAAGGUGUGCUGAGUACUAUAAGCAGGGGGCGCGCUUCGCAAAGUGGAGGACUGUUGUUAGCAUCCCUUGUGGUCCAUCUGCAUUAGCAGUGAAGGAAGCAGCUUGGGGACUUGCUCGAUAUGCUGCUAUUGCUCAGGAUAAUGGCUUAGUGCCAAUUGUGGAGCCAGAGAUCCUUCUUGAUGGAGACCAUGGGAUCGAGAGAACUCUUGAGGUGGCAGAGAAAGUGUGGUCUGAGGUGUUCUUCUACUUGGCCCAAAACAAUGUUCUGUUUGAGGGUAUCCUGCUGAAGCCCAGCAUGGUCACUCCUGGAGCUGAGCACAAGGAGAAGGCUUCUCCAGAGGCCAUUGCCAAGUACACGCUAACAAUGCUCAGGAGGAGAGUACCUCCUGCUGUUCCUGGAAUCAUGUUCCUUUCUGGUGGACAGUCUGAGGUGGAGGCAACUCUGAACCUGAAUGCAAUGAACCAGUCUGCGAACCCAUGGCAUGUAUCGUUCUCCUAUGCCCGGGCUCUGCAGAACUCAGUGCUGAAGACAUGGCAAGGGCGCCCUGAGAACGUGGAGGCAGCGCAGAAGGCCCUGCUGGUGCGCGCAAAGGCCAACUCACAGGCACAGCUCGGUCGCUACACUGGUGAGGGUGAGAGCGAUGAGGCAAAGAAAGGCAUGUUCCAGAAGGGCUACACCUACUAA